GCAAAACAAAGCGAAGGAAAGUCAGUCCGGCGGCGGCGGCUUUUUAUCAGAGAAAAAGGGACUGGGGACUGUCUCAAAAGGACUGUGUGUGUGUUGCGUCAUUAUUUCCGUUUGUAUUUAUAUAUUUUUUUUUCGGAACCUAUUUCGUAUGUCCUGCAUGCAGGACACGCGCUAAGCCUGUCCCAGUAAGUGCUUCAAAAUUUACUCGCCAACCACUUUCGACGCCUCCAGGGCGUUCAAGCUGGAGGAGGAUUUCGUCGGCGGCUGCAUGACAAUGUCGAUGUACUCGACGACGGAUAAAAUGAAAAUGUCAGCGCCCAGUUGUUUUCCAGGACGCUACAGUCCCUCCUAUCGAAGUUCGGAGCAAAUGCGGCGCUGCAUGCCAAAUCCAUCUAUUGUCAUGUCAUCAUCUUGCGAUUCUAUCGAGAGUCGUUUGUUAGAAGAUGCUUCCCUAUUAUGCAAUUCGUGGUCAGCACGUCAGAAUGGUGAUAUCUUCGCGGGCAUCAACGACGGCAUCCUCAGCCGAGCGGAAGCGCUGGCCGCCGUUGACAUCCAGAAGCAUCAAGCCCAGCAUGUACAUAGCCAAAUGCCCUCCCAAAUCAAGCAUGACGUCAUGUACCACCACCACACAAUGAGCGGGCCACCGCAACGUCCACUGCAGAUGCACCAUUCUAUGGACCAGCUGGACAUGCUGGAUCCAACGGGCUCGAUGACCACAUUGGCGCCCAUAUCGGAGUCCCCGCUAACGCCCACACAUCAGCACCUGCACGGUUCCUAUCAUAGCAUGAAUCACAUGAUGAGCCACCACCAUCCGGGCACGUUAAGUGGCCACACGGGGGGUCAUCAUGGACACUCAGCGGUACAUCAUCCUGUCAUCACGGCGGCAGUGGCGGCCGCUGGCCUGCAUCCCGACACCGACACCGAUCCUCGAGAGCUCGAGGCUUUUGCGGAGCGGUUCAAGCAGCGACGCAUUAAGCUGGGCGUGACGCAGGCCGACGUGGGCAAGGCCCUGGCCAAUCUCAAGUUACCUGGCGUCGGAGCACUGUCGCAGAGCACGAUCUGUCGGUUCGAGAGCCUAACGCUGUCGCACAACAACAUGAUCGCCUUGAAGCCCAUCCUGCAGGCGUGGCUCGAGGAGGCCGAGGCGCAGGCGAAAAACAAGAGACGCGACCCGGACGCGCCCAGCGUGCUGCCGGCGGGCGAGAAGAAAAGGACUUCCAUUGCGGCACCUGAAAAGCGUUCCCUGGAAGCCUACUUCGCCGUCCAGCCGAGGCCGUCCGGUGAGAAAAUCGCAGCCAUUGCCGAAAAGCUGGAUUUGAAGAAAAACGUGGUGCGCGUCUGGUUCUGCAAUCAACGUCAAAAACAAAAACGUAUAGUUAGUAGUGUAACACCAUCAAUGACUGGCCACGGUUCGGCGGGAUUCGGAUACUGAUAGUCGUUUAUGACGGCAGCGGCGGCGGUUAAC